CUGGUUUCUUUUGAUAUCUGUAUUAAAAAUAUAUAGUUUUAUUGCAAAAAAUGAAAUGAAAUGGUCAGCCCUACCUAUUUAAAGACAUGCUGUGUAUAUUUGGGAGUUAGGAGGGGAGGGGUUCAAUUAAAAAAAAUCCGUAAUUUUUAAAAUUUUCAUUUAAGUGUAAAUAAAAACAAUGUCAACAAGCAUUUAUUAUGUUAAAAAAUCUCAUUGUGAAGUUUUUCUUGUUGGAGAAACUUUUAACAUAAAAGAAUCAGAACAAUACCUAUCACAUAAUUGCCAACUAAAAGAACUGUAUUGCAAUAUUACCAUUACAGAGAUCUUAUGCUAAGAGCUGAUUUUCCAAACAUUUCAUCAGUUAGUAUAGCUUCAUGUCCACUUGGUGAUUUCUUUACUGCAAAAUGUGCUGAAAUAGGUGGUUGUCUUCAAAAAUGUUUACCAUGCGUCCUUUACGAGGUGAAGAAAAUUUGGCAAAAAGCAGGAAUUCCUUUCCUGACAAAUACUGACAAGCAUAUCAGGUUUUUAUUAUAUUAAAAUGCUUUUUAAUUUUUAGUUUAAUCCAGUUUAAAAUUGAUAUUAUACAAGUAACAAUUAUAAAGUCAUAACAUUUUAUAUAUUUAUAAUAAAUUACAAAAGUUUUAAUGAAUUCUUUUACUUUUGUUUUAGAGACAAGAUUGUUGACUUAAAAAAGAAAAGAUUUAAACAAACACAGGAACCGUUUAAGUAAAAAUUUAGUUUUAAAAAGAGAAACUUUUUCAAGAAUGCUAGAAGAAAUAUUCGAUGUAAGUCAAAACAAUUGUGAACAUACUAUUAUGAAAGAUAAAACUAAAGAUUUCAAAACUAGAAGAGAGGAUGUAGAUUUUCUUAACGACCAGAAAGGAGCGCACACUCAGAAAAUGUUGGGUAAAGAUAAAAUUUCACAAAAUAUUGUAAAAAAUAAAAAAAAAAAAGAAAUGAAAAAAAAAACCAAAGUAUAAAAGAAUCCUUAAGAAAACAGAAAGAGUUGUUUACUGAGAAAUUUGAUGACACAAUGAAAAAUUUAAAUACUUUAGAUAAUGACCAAGAUGAACAGUAUCUACAGCCUUCUAUAAAAAUUAAAAAAUCUAAUGCUGUUCCUCUUAUAGUUCCUAAAAAUAUAGGAAAAGAUUUAGCUCCAACAGCAUCACAAUAUAGAAUAAGUUCGACUGCACUGAGUGCAACUUUUGCUUCUCUUAUAAAUAACAGUUCUGGAACAACAGAUGAUUUUUCUAUUUCUGAACGAAGUAUUUUGAGGCAGAAAAAAUCAAGUAUAAGUACAACUGCCUGUAAAAUUAAAGACAACUUUAUUAUAUUGGCUAAGGGUAAAAGUCUUACCCUGUGUUUUGAUUCCAAAAUUAUGGUAGAAUUGAAAAAAAUUGGUAAAGAAAAAGUUGAAAGAUUAGCUGUGCUAAUCAGUUCACCAGAUCUUUUAGAAUCCCAACUUUUGGGUAUUUUAAUUGUGAAAGAUGGCACUGCCGAGUCUCUUGGGAAAGCAAUCAAAAAAACUUUACAAGACUGGGAGCUAUUCGACUAUGUUGAUUGUCUGUCCUUUGACACCACAGUCACAAAUACUGAUUGGCUAAAAGGAGUCUGUACUCUUAUUGAGCAGUGGAGAGGAAAAGCUUUGAUUUGGAUGGCUUGUCGUCAUCAUGUCUACGAAUUACAUAUUUUUAUAUUUAUUUAUUUAUUUAAUAUUUCUCGAUGAAUUUAAUAAUGAUUCACCUUAUUAUUAAAAAUUAGUUAAGUGAUUUGAAAUAAAUAUAUUUUAGUACUUUUCAAGUGUUCUUACUGGAGGUAAAACAAGUGGACCAAAGACUGAGUUAUUUGAAAGGCUAAAGUGUAAUUGGAAGUCGAUUCUUGAAAAGAAGAUAAAUUAUGAUAAUCUAAAGAGAUUUGACUCAGAAAAAAAAAUUAAAUCUUUUUUGGAAAAGCAGGCUUCUGAAUUAUUAACAUUCCUUCAAAAUUGCCUCGAUAAUGAUAUAUUUCCAAGAAAUGACUACAAGUAUUUUAUACAGUUAGCAGUGGCAAACUUUAGAUUUCACUUUAGAUUUCCAAUGGCUUCACAUCAUGCCAGGUUUAUGGCACAGGGCGUUUAUUAUUUAACAUACGACAUUCUACAGCCACAAUUUAGUAACUUAUGUCCUGAUAUCAGGCCUUGCGAUGAAUAAGAACUGCGCGACGCAUAAGCACGACGCGAUUUUUGACGUCAUUAAAUUCUUUUUAUUUGCUUUUCAUAUUUAUUGACAUUAACUGCACCAAUUUACUUAAUU